AGAUAGCCUAACCUAUUUGUAUAAAAUUUAAUGAAAAUUUUUUGAAGUAAAAAGUGUUAAAAUGUUUAAUGUCCUAAUCAGAGUGUUUCCAAAAAAUGUAUUACGUUGUAAAGUACCAGUGUGUCAUCUAUCAAGUUCUCCAAUACUUCUAAAUAUUGAAAAAUUGCAAAGGUUUAGAACUAGUGAAUCAGACUGUUUAAAACACACAAGUGAUCAUAUAGCUCAAUUCUAUCAAUUAUCAGAGAAGGAAAAGAAACAGAUCUUUUUGCAUGGCGGUAUUCCGAAAUCGUUCAAUGUACAAACUAAAACAUUCAAUGAAACUUGUUUGAUGAUCAGACAACCCUCCCUAGACAUUAUAAAUUGCCUAAAGAGUAUUGAUCAUUCGAAACCCACAGUACGGUUUGUUUUGUAUGGCAAAAAAGGUAGCGGUAAGACGCUUUGUUUAGCUCAUGUUCUACAUUAUGCUCACAAAGCAGGGUACCUCAUUGUACAUAUACCAUGGUUGGGCAAUUGGAUGCGUAGAUGUCAAGAAUAUAGCAACAGUGAUACCAAAGAAGGUUUCGUUGAUUUGAAUAUAGAUGCUGCCGCUUGGUUGCUACAUUUCAAAACACAGAAUUCUCAUAUACUCUCAAAUCCAGAGGCAAAAACUACUAAAGAAUAUGCUUGGAGUAAGAGAGAAAUAACCCAAAAGGAUUCUCCCCUUUCAGAACUUAUUGAUCAUGGAAUAAACAGGGUGAAAUAUGCUUCAGAUACUGUAGUAGCCUUAUGUGAUGAAAUUAAAACACUCUCUGUUAGAGGAGUAUUCAAAACUUUGGUAGCAGUUGAUGGAUUCAAUGCCUUCUUUUAUCCUAACACUAGAGUAUACACAGAGAAAAAAGAAAUGGUACAUCCUCAAAAAGUGACCCUUACUGAAGGUUUUAUGAAUUUAACAAAGUUUGAUUGGAAUAAUGGAGCUGUUGUUGUGACUGUAGAUGAAAUAGCAAUUGCUGAGAAAGAUCAGAUAUCGCAUAUGCCUAGGUAUUUGCUUGGCAAAGAUGGUUUUGAACAUCUAGAUCCAUUUGUUCCAGUACAUGUGCCAGAUUACUCAAAAAAAGAACUGACCAGUUGUAUGGAUUAUUACAGAGAAAGGAAAUGGGUCAAAGAUUAUCCUGGACUAGAUGAGGAAGUACAGUUUGUUAGUGGUUCUAAUCCUUAUAGAUUAAUGAAAGUUUGUGCACCAUUAUAGAAAGUUUAAUAAAGCUUUAUUUUUAUUUUCCAA